AUGGUACAUAUGUACAAUUAUUCGAAUCAGAGUAUUUCCUGUAAAGGGAAGCUAGCAUUAUCAGGUGGGCAUCUUUCAACUUUGUGCACAAAAAAUUCUGCCCCAUCCCCUAGCUAUAUUAUUGGGCCAAGCAAGCAAUCUGCAACCAUAAGUGGACGGAAUAGAUUAAAUUCUAGUUUAGGGCCUCCACUAACUAAUUUUGCAAGUUUUAUCCAUAGAAGAGCAGGUAGAAUUUCUAGAUCUCCUAGUCCAGUAAGAGGAAAUAUAAAUUCAAAAGAAAACCAAAACUCGAAGGUAGAAUUGAGCACUGAAAAAUCAUCUAAAGAACUAUCAAAAGAUGUUAAACCAUUAUUAAGUUUUGGCGGACAAAUUGGAAAUGCAGAACAUGAGCAUUUCUGUGGAUCAUUUUACAAUGGAAUCAAAGCAGCUAAACAAAUAGGUGAGUCUGCGAUCUGCAACGAAAAAAGUAUAUACGAGGAAAAUAGGGAAUUAAAAAAACAAAUAUCUGAAUUAAAGGAAGCAAUAAUAUGUAAAGAGGGAGAAAACCAAAUGUUAAGGUUAAAGUUGGAAUUAUUUUACAAGGAAAUAAUAAAAUUUUCUAGUGUUUCAUUACAAGGAAGAGAAUCUCUUCCACCACUGAAAGUUAAAACUAGGAAUAAAGAAAGCACCAAUAAACAAGUGGAUGAAGAUUUAUUUGAUUUUUAUGUUUGCGGAGACUAUUCUAAUGACGAGAAUGAGGUUUUUUCCAAGAAGAAAUGUAUUUGGAAACCAAGUGAAGAAUUAGCGAGAAAAUUUCUUAAACAAAUGAAAAUUAACUUUAUCUGCGUUAAAGGCAAAAGGAUAAAUAGAACUAUGGUAAAUCAAGAUGAUUUUUGUAUUGUAAAACUAACUAAUAACAGCUUAAUUAUUGGUGUUUUUGACGGACAUGGGCGUUACGGGCAUAAAGUUGCUGCGAUUGUAAGGCAAAGGGUCGUAAAGGGAAUUCAAAAUAUUUUUUUUGGGAAGGGCUUCCAACUCGAGGAAAAUGACAAAAUUUCAAAUGUUUCUCGUGAUAAUAAUUUCAAUUCAGUACAAAAAACUAGCCAGGAAAAGAUCAAUAUCUCCAUUUUUAAAAUAUUUGAAAGUAUUCAAAAUUAUUUAGAAAAAGAAGGAUCUUUUGGAACUUCUGGGACAAGUGUUACUUUUACGAUUAUUAACUCUGACAGUAUAAUUAUGGUGCAGUUGGGGAGUUCAGGUGGCAUUAUAAUUGAUUCAAAAACAGGAAAUAAAAUUUAUUCUACUCCCAGGCACGACUUAAGUAAUUUGCAGGAAAAAGAGAGAAUAAUUGGUAAUGGGGCAAUUGUCAACGAAAAUAACAGGUUUUCAUUAAAUCGUAUAGAAGAAAAAAAACUUUUUUCCAUAACAAGAAGUCUGGGAGAUUUAGAUGGUAAGGCUCUAGGGAUUUUGAACAAACCUGAGGUAUGGGAAAUGAAAAUAGAAAAAGGGAAUUCUGUGAAAAUUAUUCUAGCAACUGAUGGGUUUCUUAAGUAUUCGGACGAGAUAAAAAUGGAUUAUAACCAGCUUUGUAUUGAAAAGGAGCUUGACUCAGCAGUAAAAAAAUGUCAAGGUUUUUGGUUAAAUUCUACAAAUAAUACAUCUGUUGACGACAUUACAGUAGUUUCGUGUAAUAUCUUGAAUUAG